CUCCUGCACUUUUGUGUUCAGUCAGAUAGUUUCACAGUCACCUAUCCAGUGUUGCUCAAGUGUGGGAAUAGUGUUAAGGUUAAGAUUUAAAGGCAUUAGUGCUUCAAGUUAGAAAGAAGAUAGGAUCUUUCUAUCAGUAGAUAUGUGGCUCUAUGAUAUUUUACUGGGUUUAGACCUCAAAGGGAUUUUCCUGUUUUGCUUUAUUUUCAUCCUAAUAGCAGACUACCUCAAAACCCGGAGUCCGUCGAAUUAUCCCCCAGGGCCGUUUGCUUUUCCAAUUGUGGGGAAUGUCUUCAGUGUGGACAGUGAACACCCAGACAAGUACUUCAAUAAGCUGGCUGGCAUCUAUGGAAAUGUGUUCAGUGUCCGCCUUGGCAUGGAUAAGAUGGUGUGUGUUUCUGGAUACAAGGCGGUGAAGGCCGCUAUCGUGGGUCAAGCUGAGAACUUUGCGGAUCGACCGUACAGUGCCCUAGAGGACAGAUUUUACACAGGAUCUUCAGGUGGUCUGUUUGGGAGCAAUGGUGAAGCAUGGAAGACACAGCGCCGCUUUGCCUUGUCAACACUUCGUAACUUUGGCUUUGGCAAAAACAUCAUGGAGCAGAGCAUCUGUGAGGAGAUCCGACACCUACAGGAAGAGAUAGAGAAGGAGAAAGGUGAACCUUUCAACCCAGCAAAUCACUUCAAUAGAGCUGUGUCUAACAUCAUUUGCCAGCUGGUGAUGGGGAAACGGUUCGACUACAGCGACCACAACUUCCAAAACAUGCUGAAAUGUCUGUCAGAACUUCUUUAUCUGGAGGGCUCGAUAUGGACUUGGCUGUAUGAGUCAUUCCCCAUAGUGAUGAAGCACGUGCCAGGUCCUCACAACAAAAUGUUCAAUAACUUCAACGUCCUCCAAGAAUUCAUCAGUCAGGAGGUACAAAGGCACAAGAAAGACUUGGAUCACAACAAUCCCCGGGACUACAUCGACAGUUUCAUCAUUGAAAUGGAAAAACACAAAGAGAGCAAUGUGGGUUUUACUGAGACCAAUCUGGCAAUGUGCUCUUUGGAUCUGUUUCUGGCUGGAACAGAGACAACAUCCACCACUUUGCUGUGGGCUUUGGUUUUCCUCAUCAAUAAUCCAGAAAUCCAGGAGAAAGUCCAGGCAGAGAUAGACAGCGUGAUUGGACAAAAUCGUCUGCCCUCCAUGGCUGACAGACCUAAGCUGCCCUACACUGAUGCUGUCAUCCAUGAGAUCCAGAGAUAUGGAAAUAUUGUUCCUCUUAAUGGACUCAGAAUGGCUGCCAAGGACACCACACUGGGAGGUUACUUCAUCCCCAAGGGUACGACCCUUAUGCCCAUCCUGACCUCUGUUCUGUUUGACAAGAGUGAGUGGGAGACUCCAGAUACCUUCAACCCGGGACACUUCCUUGAUUCUGAGGGAAAGUUUAGGAAGAGAGAAGCUCUCAUUCCCUUCUCUGCAGGGAAACGUGUGUGUCUUGGGGAAAGCCUUGCCAAGAUGGAGCUGUUCCUGUUUUUGGUUGGAUUGCUGCAGAAGUUUUCUUUCACUGGUCCUGAUGGAAAUAAACUUAGUACUGAAGGGAUAACUGGAGUUACACGCGUGCCAAAACCAUUCAAGGUUUAUGCAAAGGUGCGUUGGUGUGAAGAACUGCUUUUACCUUAUGAACCCUCGCGGACCCUGCGCUCCUCUGGCAGCGGGCUCUUAGUCAUUCCCAAAGUCAGGACACACACUCAUGGCGAGGCGUCUUUCCAGCACUACGGCCCUCGUCUAUGGAACAGCCUGCCAGAGGACCUCAGGGCCGCAGAGAACGAUCUCCAGUGUUUCCUCUGGGGGAGCCCUCUGCACCGGGAGCGGUGGUCGGCUAUGGCUGCAGGGGUCUGUCUCGUGGGUUCCUGGUGGAGGUUUGGUGUCUCUGCCUCAUCCCUCCUCUGGGUCCUGCGUCGGUGUCCUGUAGCUUUGGGUGACUCGCUGCUCCUGGAGCAGACGGCCCCUCUGAUGGCGCUUUCUCAACUGAAAGAAGAUAGGAUCUUUCUAUCAGUAGAUAUGUGGCUCUAUGAUAUUUUACUGGGUUUAGACCUCAAAGAGAUUUUCCUGUUUUGCUUUAUUUUCAUCCUAAUAGCAGACUACCUCAAAACCCGGAGUCCGUCAAAUUAUCCCCCAGGACCGUUUGCUUUUCCAAUUGUGGGGAAUGUCUUCAGUUUGGACAGUGAACACCCAGACAAGUACUUCAAUAAGCUGGCUGACAUCUAUGGAAAUGUGUUCAGUGUCCGCCUCGGCAUGGAUAAGAUGGUGUGUGUUUCUGGAUACAAGGCUGUGAAGGACGCUAUCGUGGGUCAAGCUGAGAACUUUGUGGAUCGACCGUUCAGUGCAGUAGAGGACAGAUUUUACUCUGGAUCUUCAGGUGGUCUGUUUGUGAGCAAUGGUGAAGCAUGGAAGACACAGCGCCGCUUUGCCUUGUCAACACUUCGUACCUUUGGCUUUGGCAAAAACAUCAUGGAGCAGAGCAUCUGUGAGGAGAUCCGACACCUACAGGAAGAGAUAGAGAAGGAGAGAGGUGAACCAUUCAACCCAGCAAAUCACUUCAAUAGAGCUGUGUCUAACAUCAUUUGCCAGCUGGUGAUGGGGAAACGGUUCGACUACAGCGACCACAACUUCCAAAACAUGCUGAAAUAUCUGUCAGAACUUCUUUAUCUGGAGGGCUCGAUAUGGACUUGGCUGUAUGACUCAUUCCCCAAAGUGAUGAAGCACAUGCCAGGUCCUCACAACAAAAUGUUCAAUAACUUCAACAUCCUUCAAGAAUUCAUCAGUCAAGAGGUACAAAGGCACAAGAAGGACCUGGACCACAACAAUCCUCGGGACUACAUCGACAGUUUCAUCAUUGAAAUGGAAAAACACAAAGAGAGCAAUGUGGGUUUCACUGAGACCAAUCUGGCAAUGUGCUCUUUGGAUCUGUUUCUGGCUGGAACAGAGACAACAUCCACCACUUUGCUGUGGGCUUUGGUUUUCCUCAUCAAUAAUCCAGAAAUCCAGGAGAAAGUCCAGGCAGAGAUAGACAGCGUGAUUGGACAAAAUCGUCUGCCCUCCAUGGCUGACAGACCCAAGCUGCCCUACACGGACGCUGUCAUCCAUGAGAUCCAGAGAUAUGGAAAUAUUGUUCCUCUUAAUGGACCCAGAAUGGCUGCCAAGGACACCACACUGGGAGGUUACUUCAUCCCCAAGGGUACAACCCUUAUGCCCAUCCUGACCUCUGUUCUGUUUGACAAGAGUGAGUGGGAGACUCCAGAUACCUUCAACCCGGGACACUUCCUUGAUUCUGAGGGAAAGUUUAGGAAGAGAGAAGCUCUCAUUCCCUUCUCUGCAGGGAAACGUGUGUGUCUUGGAGAAAGUCUUGCCAAGAUGGAGCUGUUCCUGUUUUUGGUUGGAUUGCUGCAGAAGUUUUCUUUCACCGGUCCUGAUGGAAAUAAACUUAGUACUGAAGGGAUAACUGGAGCUACACGUGUGCCAAAACCAUUCAAGGUUUAUGCAAAGGUGCGUUGAACUGAACAACUCUCUGAGACAUGUAACCAGCGUCUAAAGACAAGCACUUUAAAAAUGAUUAAAAAUAGGGUGGUUAUCUUUCAUGUUAUUAUGACUGCCUAAUGUACUGUAGAUCUGUUUUAUUUGUGUUUAAUCAGGUGUGAAGGUUACUUUGACAUAUAUUUCUCCAUGUUAACAUUUCUGUAUGUCUGAAAAUCUAUUGGCCUUUGUUAUUGAUGAUAAAAUGUAUAAAGAAUUCAUAGACAUUUUAUUAAAAAUGCAGAAUAACUGUACUAAUGGAAAUAUUUCUAAGUUGUGUAUUGUUAUUUACUAGUAAAUAACAUGAAUAUGAAAUUUAGCAAGUAAAUGUAUUACCUCAUGACUAACCAAUGAUUUCUAUGGUACUUUUGUGUCGUAGGACUACUUGCUUUACAAAAUAAAAACCAUCAAAUCAUUGUGAAGAAUACAUUUUUUUUUGCAGUUUCUUUAUCAAAAAACCUGGUGCCUGUGAGUCAAAAUUAAAAUCUGUGUUGUAUGUUUAUGUUUUACUUGCUGUUGCAGUUAUUAUGCUUUUUUUGUGGUUGUUUAUUCAUGUCUACUGCCAUUGUUAGUCUUUUAUGUCCAUUUUUUCUGUUGUAUCAUGUUAUUUCUUAAAAGCCUAACCAGAGACAAGG